AGAUCAUAGUUCUAAUAAUCUUUUUACCUUAUAUUGAAUUCUUCAAAUUUCAGUUUUGAUAAAAUAGAUGGAGUUAGGGAAGAUUUUCUUAAUCUCUCUUUUGUUGGCUAUGGCAUUUGGGCUAGUUCAGAGCUUAGAGUUCACCGAAAAAGACAUAGCAUCUGAAGAGAGCUUAUGGGAUUUGUACCAGAGAUGGAGGAGCCAUCACACUGUUUCUCGAGACCUAAGCGAGAAACAAAAACGUUUCAAUGUAUUCAAGGCGAAUGUGAUGCAUGUUCACAAGGUAAACAAGAUGGACAGGCCUUAUAAAUUGAAACUCAACGAGUUUGCUGAUAUGACCAAUCAUGAAUUCAGAAAUUUUUACAGCUCUAAGGUAAAACACUUUAGAAUGCUCCAUGGUAGUCGGCCUACUACUGGAUUUAUGCACGACAAGGCUGAUAAUCUGCCAGCAUCCAUCGAUUGGAGAAAGCAAGGCGCUGUCACUGGUGUAAAGAAUCAAGGCAAAUGCGGUAGUUGUUGGGCAUUUUCUGCAGUUGUUGGGGUUGAAGGAAUAAAUAAAAUCAAGACUGGCCAAUUAGUUUCCCUGUCUGAACAAGAGCUUGUUGAUUGUGAAAAGGAUAAUGAAGGAUGCAAUGGAGGACUAAUGGAAAAUGCCUAUGAAUUCAUCAAGAAAAAUGGAGGAAUAACAACUGAGGGUAUCUAUCCUUACAGAGCCAGAGACAGUCGCUGUGAUUCUUCAAAGAUGAAUUCCCCGGUGGUUAAUAUCGAUGGACACGAAAUGGUACCUACAAACGACGAGGAUGCUUUGAUGAAAGCUGUUGCCAACCAACCAGUAUCUGUUGCUAUUGAUGCUAGUGGUUCCGAUCUGCAGUUUUACUCUGAGGGAGUGUUCAAUGGAAAUUGUGGCACAGAGCUAGACCAUGGGGUAGCAGUUGUGGGCUAUGGAGCAACUCAUGAUGGAACAAAGUAUUGGAUAGUGAAGAACUCAUGGGGGACUGGAUGGGGAGAACAAGGUUAUUUUAGGAUGGAACGAGGCAUCGAUGCUGAAGAAGGACUCUGUGGCAUAGCCAUGGAAGCUUCAUAUCCACUCAAGUUAUCCGCGGACAAUCCAAAACCAGCCCCCUCUAAGGAUGAACUCUAGAUAUUGGUUCAUGUAUCUCUGCUUUAGAAUAUAGCAUGCUAUAGUAUUUAGAAAGAAAAUUAGGAGAGAAAAAAAGCCAGACAUAUAUGUAAUCUCUCAGUUCUUUUGUAUUGGAUUGCAUGAAUAAAACGUUUCCUUCCAUGG